UCUUACCCCGGAGUAUCUAUUACUAUCGUUUCCGCCUAGUUCUUUUCCACCCUCAAUCCGUUCCUGGUAUACACCUACCACAAUCAAAAGAAUAUGUUGACCUCCUCGUCAACCGACUCCUCUCGCUCCUCCUUCUCCGGCAGCCCCGUCUCGCAACACCCUCCACACCAUCAAGUAUGGUUUCCUCCUGCUCCCCGCCGCCGUCCGCAACACUACAAGAUCCCCCGCUACUACUCGACCCCCGUGAGGGAAGAUGCCCCAGACUCGACCCCUCUGCAAAUGUACGGACUGGAGGAGCGCGCGCCAUCCAUUGCUGAGAAGCCAAAGCUUCUGCGCCGCUUUUCCCACGCCCUCGACGACAUCAAGGAAGACUUGACCCUCCAACCCAGCAGCGAGAAGAUCCGGAGCAAGCGUCGCCAGUCCAUCUUCGGGAUAGAUGAACUCGCCGGAUCAAGCGGAUCGAUCUCCUCGCCUUCUAUGGAUGUGCCUGUGGCGGCCGAACCGCGGCCUCCGAGGCCCCGUCCCCUCUCGAUAUUUGCCUCCGAACCCUCCAGGAGGGUCAGUCGGCGGUUUUCCAUCUUCGGGUCGAGACGUUCGAAGAAGUUGACGCCGGGUCAGGCCGGGAGUAUCUCGCAGCCCAAUUUGAUUGGGGCAUCGACUCAAAUAUAAUCUCAUCAUCGGCUCUCGAUAUUGCAUCAUUGUCACCAUCUCUAUCGCCAUUACCCUAAUUGAUCGACACGACGAGAGUUAAUAUACAUAGACGCCAACAGCCGCCCCCGCACAUACAUCACCACAAGUACCAACAUAACCGACCCAUCCCAACCCAAGCAUGCAA